GCGGUUUAUACCUUAUACGCUCAUCUUUUUUCGACCAGUGUGUACGAUUGCGGAUUGACGGAAAUCUGAAUGUUAUCAGUGUAUUUUAAUUGGAAAUAUAAUAUUUUGCAGCACCGUUUGGUUUUUUUAUACAGAUCGCAAAUCGCAAUUCGCAAAACUAUUAUUAUUAAGUAUAAUAUUGUCUAUUGUGUACUGUCCGUUUUUGAAUCGUUUUAACAUUAACAGUAUUUACUAAUUGUUAACCUAGUCCUACCGAUGGUUUGGACUAAUAACCACUCAAUGAUUGUUUAUUGAACACUUUAAACGUGAUAUUUUCACUCAAUUCAGGAUCGUUGGUCAUUCUUGAAUCUAAAAUGGCGAAAUCGAAUAAUAAUUUGAUUGCGGAUAUUGAAUACAUUCAUCAGUUGGUAUAUGAUUUAAAACUAAAUGAACUACAGCAAAUUUUAGAAGCUGUUAAGCAUAACAAAUCUGGUAGCAAACAAUCUUUACGCAAACGUGUUUUAAACUUAUUAAGUGCACCUACACCAAAAACAAAAGUUUUGAAACAAAAAAUUAUACAGGUCUAUAACUCUAGACCACAACAAAUCCAGCAACUUCAACAACCACCGCAGGCACCGGUUGUACAACAGCCAAAUUUUUUACAACGGUUCUUACGACAACCUCGAAACAACAUUCAAAAUCAUAGCCAAUCUUAUACACCACCAAGACCAAAUCCUAUACAACCUUUUGUUGAAACCCCAAGUCCAGCUAUACAAUUUGACCACUUACCAUUCUUUAAGACAGUACAAACAUUAUUAAUGCCUAUGUACUGCCAGACUAAUAUUGAUUCUGCCAACUUUACUGGGCUAUUUUAUCUAACAGAUAAUGUUAGACAUUCUAUUGUUAAAUCAUGGAAUAUUGCCAGACAAGAAUAUAAAAUUCAAAUUAUUUUAAGAUUACUACAAGUUGGAAUUGAUGAAAAUGUUACUGAACGAUUACCUUACAAUAUUACAGUUUCUGUUAAUGAUCGUCAAUGUAAGUUACCUACAUUAAACAUCCCAACAAAAGCGGGCAUCACUCCGUGGCGGUGCAAUGUUCCUAUAGAUAUUACUCAACAAACGGAUUUAAGAAAUUGUUUACAGAACACAUUAAAAAUUACAUGGUCAGAAGAACCACAUGAAUAUAUGGCUGGUGUUUAUGUGGCCAACAAACUGACAUGGAAUGAUCUGCUUGUAGAACUUAAAAAAAGACCUCUACGUGCCUCUGAUAAAACUAAAGAACUCAUUAAAAAAUCUAUGGAAAAUGAUGCUGAUAUGGGUGUAGAUUCUAUGUUUGCUACUGUUAAGGAUCCAUUGACUAAAUUAAGGAUGAAACUUCCUGCUCGGGGUGUAGACUGUAUACAUUUACAGUGUUUUGAUGCAAUACAAUUUUUACAAAUGAAUGAACAAAAGCAAACAUGGACAUGCCCAUUAUGUAAAAAAAAACUUAAGUUUGAAAACAUUGAAGUUGAUGAGUUUUUUUUAAACAUGCUUCAAAGUCCAGAUUUAAGUGAAGAAUGUGAAAAUGUUGUUUUGUUAAAAGAUGGGACAUGGUCUGAGAGAAAAAAUAAAGAAUUUUCAAACAAUUCUAGAACAAAUGACUAUGGAUCUACAAACAAUAUAGAAGUAUUUACAUUGUCAGAUUCUGAUGAUGAUAAUGAUGCAGAUAAUAGGAAUAGUGAUGUAGAUAAUGUUGAUAACGAUGUGAUUAUUUCAAAACCAAAACGUUUUAAAUAUAAUCCAUCAAAAGUGGAAGAAUCUGUGAUAAAAUCUGAACAUGUUAUAGAAACUGAAGAUCUAACAGAUCCUUCUGAAAGUGACCUUGUGUUGGACUUAAGUAUUAAAAAUAAUUCUAUGUCAUCGGUUUCUGGUAGUUCAAAGUAUGAACCCAUUGUUACAUUAAAUGACGAUUCUAAUCCAUCAACUUCAGCUGAUUCAAGGUAUGGACCAAUUAUUACAUUAAAUGACGAUUCUGAUCAAUCAACUUCAACUAUUUCAAAGUAUGAACCAGUUAUUGUACUAAGUGACGAACCUGAUCUACCACCAUUAAUACCAUUAAUGGAAUCAACCUCUAUGUUGAAUAAUCUUUACCUUCCAAACAUUUCAAUCACAGGGCCCAAUAACUGUGUAGCUGGUAGCUCUAGGAGUAGUAGAAAUAAUAGAAAUAAUAGACAUCAAGAAAAAGAUAAUUCAAGAUCGGUUUUAUGUGUUAUAACAUUAGAUUAAACUAAUGUAUUUCAAUUCUUACUGGUUUUAAAUUGUAUACAAUUUGUUAUGUUAUUAACUUGUUUUAUAAAAACAGUACAACUCGUAAUGAUUUGUAUCUUAUCAAAACUGUAUAAAUUGUAAAUAACUAAUACUCUUAAAUAUGUAUAUAAUAACUAUUAUUUAACUUGAUUUUAAUACAGUAAUUGUUGUAAAUAAAUCAUGUUUUCUUAUGUUAAUUUAUUCAUGCAUAAUUUCAAAUAUAAAGGUACCACAUUACAGCCUACUACUGAACAUGAUUGUGGCUGUGGAUUGGUAGCUACUGAUAUUCUUUUCUAUCAGAAUAUAAUAUGUUUAAAUGUUUAAUUAUUGUUUUUAAUAACAUUGAAAUUUGAAACCAUUCAUAGUUAUAAGUGCCUAUAUGUAUAAUAACUUUUUAUUUAUUUUAUUUUAUUUAUUUUUUAUAAAAACAUUUUUCUAUUUUAAUAAAACUCCAAAAUCUGGUGUUCUUUAAAUUCUGAAUUGCAUGAUAACUUGUAUUUACAUUAUUUUUAAUUUCUAUAUAUAUAUUUUUUUUUAUAAUAAAAAAUAUACAAUCUAUACUAGGUACUUAGCAUAAUAGGUAUAUGUGACAAGAGACUUAAAAAAUAACAUGGUAGACGUGAUUAAGAAGUCACCCACAAGUCACUCUUUGCUUGAGGGGAAAUUUCUAUAUAAUUAUGUUGUAUUGCUCCAUAACAAUAUGAGAAUAAAAUAAAUUACUUUUAAUUUA